AUGGCUCUCCGACGUAGCGUACACACAUAUGCGACGCUGACCAAGGCGAUGGGUGGAACUGCAUCGCAUACAAACUCCUACGGCAUCAGCGUCUCCAAAGCGCAAGGCAUCGUGAAAGGUUUAACAGGAGCUGUCGGAAAUACCCCAUUGAUCCGACUGAACAAGAUCUCCAACGAUACCGGCUGCGAAGUCCUCGGCAAAGCCGAAUUUAUGAACCCCGGCGGCUCAGUCAAGGAUCGUGCCGCCCUCUACGUGGUGCAGGACGCCGAAGAAAAAGGGCUGCUGCAGCCUGGUGGCACCGUCGUCGAAGGCACCGCUGGCAAUACCGGCAUCGGGCUCGCGCACUUGUGCCGGUCCAAAGGCUACAAGCUGGUCAUCUACAUGCCGAACACGCAGUCGCAGGGCAAGAUCGACCUGCUGCGCCUGCUGGGCGCUGAGGUCUACCCCGUGCCGGCCGUGGCGUUCGAGGAUCCCGAGAACUAUAACCACCAGGCGAAGCGGCAUGCCGAGCGGCUGGAAAACGCUGUGUGGACGAACCAGUUCGAUAAUGUGGCGAAUCGCCUCGCCCAUUUCGAGACCACGGGUCCCGAGAUCUGGGCCCAGACACAGGGCACCGUGACGGCCUUCACGUGUGCGACGGGCACCGGCGGCACGCUGGCCGGCAUCACAGGCUACCUGAAGGAUGUGAGUGAGGGCAGCGUGAAGUGCUACCUAGCGGAUCCGCCGGGCAGUGUACUGCACACGUAUAUCAGCUCGGGCGGCACGCUGACGGAGCGGUCUGGGAGCAGCAUCACCGAGGGCAUUGGGCAGGGGAGAGUGACGGAUAAUCUGAAAGGGGAGAUUGGCAUUCUGGAUGGGAGCAUGACGAUCAGUGACGAGAAGAGCAUCGAGAUGGUGUACCGGUGUUUGGAUGAGGAGGGCUUGUAUCUGGGCGCGAGCUCGUGCUUGAAUGUUGCGGCGGCGAAGGAGCUGGCCGAGAAGCUGGGGAAGGGCAACACGGUCGUGACAAUUCUGUGUGACGGCGCGCACCGGUAUGCGGAUCGGCUGUUUUCGAAGAAGUGGUUGCUGGAGAAGAAGUUAAUGGGCGCGAUACCGAGUCAUCUGGAGAAGUAUAUUGUACUUCCCUAA